GAACGCUCUGCUGCUCUCCUUUUAGAGUCUGGAGUGAGAUCAAAGUGUACGGUUUGGUCAGAAAGAAGGUGCAAGUUUUAGUGAAAGUGGCUUUUAAAACGUCGCAGGGACCUUCAAGGCUAACAGCAUUUCAGAAGGCAUCAGCUUUUCUCCGUGGACCCAUUCAUCAAAGGAAAUAUGCUUGUGCUAUUUUUAAAAGCUUUUUUACAUCAUCAGAGAAAAGUUCACUCGCCAAAAUGAAUAUGAGGACAUUUGAGAGGGUAAUAAUAUAAGGUAUGGCCAUUUGCAGUGUUUCAUCAAACCAUUGAACCAAAGAAUAAGUAUUGAAUAGAUUAAUCCAAAACGCUAUUUUUUAAACCAGGAAGAUUUCAUCUUAAUAGAAAACAAUUUUUAUUAAAUUUAUAUUUUUUGAAAUGAAAAGCAAAAGAAGACAAGAGCAGACUUAAAAUAAGUGAAGAUGUAUAUUAAGUAACUGUCACCUGUAUUGUCACGAAGAUAACUUACUGAUGUGAAACACUUUACAAAUCUUCAGUGGUCCUGAGGACAAGAUUCUUGAUGGGACUUAGAAGAGCAGGAGGACCUCUUGUGAAUUCAACUCACAACAACAAAAUUUGCAGUCAGUGGUAUGAGUGGCUUAACAGAGGGAAUAAAGAAGCUUUCAUCUAAGUCCAGAAGUUCAGUCCCUCUCUCUCUCUUUUUAAACUGCUGUUAUUUUGCAGACUUCAUAACCAUCAAACAGAGAAUUGACAACUAUUUUUAAAGAUUAAAGAAAGGCAGAUGUCUGCAAAUAAUUCCCCUCCAUCAGCCCAGAAGUCUCUGUUGCCUGCAACUAUUUCUGCUGUGCUUCCAACUCCUUCUCCUUGUUCUAGUCCCAAGACGGGACUCUCAGCCCGACUCUCCAAUGGAAGCUUCAGUGCACCGUCACUCACCAACUCCCGAGGCUCCGUGCACACAGUUUCAUUUCUACUGCAGAUUGGCCUCACACGGGAGAGUGUUACCAUUGAAGCCCAGGAACUGUCUUUGUCUGCUGUCAAGGACCUUGUAUGCUCCAUUGUUUAUCAGAAGUUUCCAGAGUGUGGAUUCUUUGGCAUGUAUGAUAAAAUUCUUCUCUUCCGCCAUGACAUGAGCUCAGAAAAUAUUUUGCAGCUGAUCAACUCAGCAGAAGAAAUACAUGAAGGAGACCUGGUAGAAGUUGUUCUUUCAGCUUUGGCCACAGUAGAAGACUUCCAGAUUCGCCCACAUACUCUGUAUGUACAUUCUUAUAAAGCUCCUACUUUUUGUGAUUAUUGUGGUGAGAUGCUCUGGGGAUUGGUACGCCAAGGAUUAAAAUGUGAAGGCUGUGGGUUAAAUUAUCAUAAACGAUGUGCCUUCAAGAUUCCAAAUAACUGUAGUGGAGUAAGAAAGAGACGCCUGUCAAAUGUAUCUCUACCAGGACCUGGCCUCUCAGUUCCAAGACCCUUGCAGCCUGAAUGUGUGGCCCUUCUCAGUGAAGAGUCACAUAUUCACCAAGAACCAAGUAAGAGGGUUCCAUCUUGGAGUGGUCGCCCAAUCUGGAUGGAAAAAAUGGUAAUGUGCAGAGUAAAAGUUCCUCACACGUUUGCUGUUCACUCCUAUGGCCGCCCCACAAUAUGUCAGUAUUGCAAGCGGUUGUUGAAAGGCCUCUUCCGCCAAGGAAUGCAGUGUAAAGAUUGCAAAUUCAACUGCCAUAAACGCUGCGCCUCAAAAGUACCAAGAGACUGCCUUGGAGAGGUUACUUUUAAUGGAGAACCUUCCACCCUGGGAACAGAUACAGAUAUGCCAAUGGAUAUUGACAGUAAUGACAUGAACAGUGAUAGUAGUAGAGGCUUGGAUGACACAGAAGAGCCAUCUCCCCCAGAAGACAAAAUGUUCUUCCUAGAUCCAUCUGAUCUUGAUGUGGAACGAGAUGAAGAAACUGUUAAAACAAUCAGUCCAUCAACAAGCAAUAAUAUCCCACUGAUGAGGGUUGUCCAGUCCAUGAAGCACACGAAGAGGAAGAGCAGCACGGUGGUGAAGGAAGGGUGGAUGGUCCACUACACCAGCAGGGAUAAUCUGAGAAAGAGGCAUUAUUGGAGACUUGACAGCAAAUGUCUAACAUUGUUUCAAAAUGAAUCUGGAUCGAAAUAUUAUAAGGAAAUUCCACUUUCAGAAAUUCUCCGAGUGUCCUCACCACAAGAUUUCACAAACAUUUCACAAGGCAGCAAUCCACACUGUUUUGAAAUCAUCACCGAUACUAUGGUAUACUUUGUUGGUGAGAAUAACGGUGACAGCUCUCACAAUCCUGUUCUUGCUGCCACUGGAGUUGGACUUGAUGUAGCACAGAGCUGGGAAAAAGCAAUUCGUCAAGCCCUCAUGCCUGUGACCCCUCAAGCAAGUGUUUGCACUUCUCCAGGGCAAGGGAAAGACCACAAAGAUUUGGCUACCAGUAUCUCUGUAUCUAAUUGUCAAGUCCAGGAGAAUGUGGACAUCAGCACUGUUUAUCAGAUCUUUGCAGAUGAAGUGCUUGGUUCAGGCCAGUUUGGCAUUGUUUAUGGAGGAAAACACAGAAAGACAGGAAGGGAUGUGGCUAUCAAAGUCAUCGAUAAGAUGAGGUUCCCCACAAAACAAGAGAGCCAGCUCCGUAAUGAAGUGGCUAUUUUACAGAAUUUGCACCAUCCUGGGAUUGUAAAUCUGGAGUGUAUGUUUGAAACCCCGGAACGGGUCUUUGUAGUAAUGGAAAAGCUACAUGGAGAUAUGUUGGAAAUGAUUCUAUCCAGCGAGAAAAGUCGACUUCCAGAGCGCAUUACUAAAUUCAUGGUUACACAGAUACUUGUUGCCUUAAGGAAUCUGCAUUUUAAGAAUAUUGUGCACUGUGAUUUAAAGCCAGAAAAUGUGCUGCUUGCAUCAGCAGAGCCAUUCCCCCAGGUAAAGUUGUGUGACUUUGGGUUCGCACGCAUCAUUGGUGAGAAGUCUUUCCGGAGAUCGGUGGUAGGAACUCCAGCGUACUUAGCCCCUGAGGUUCUCAGGAGCAAAGGCUACAACCGCUCUCUAGAUAUGUGGUCAGUGGGAGUUAUCGUCUAUGUGAGCCUCAGCGGCACAUUUCCAUUCAAUGAGGAUGAAGACAUAAAUGACCAAAUUCAAAAUGCUGCCUUUAUGUAUCCACCAAAUCCAUGGAGAGAAAUUUCUAGUGAAGCAAUUGAUUUGAUUAACAACCUUCUUCAAGUGAAAAUGAGAAAACGUUACAGCGUUGACAAAUCUCUUAGUCAUCCCUGGCUACAGGACUAUCAGACUUGGCUUGACCUUAGAGAAUUUGAAACUCGUAUUGGAGAACGUUACAUUACACAUGAAAGUGAUGAUGCUCGCUGGGAAAUACAUGCAUACACACACAACCUAGUAUACCCAAAGCAUUUCAUUAUGGCUCCCAAUCCAGAUGAUAUGGAAGAAGAUCCUUAAUCAGUGAGCUAACUUCAGUCGUAAAGGGUUUCGUUUCAUGGAUGGUUAUUUGCUGCCUAACUCUACAGGCUGUUUCUUGCAAGGAUGCCAAGUCAUGAGGAAAUAGCUGGAACUGGUGGCACCAAUACUGUCAUUCAUAAUGAGUAGGUACAGGAAGGGAACUGAGUAAUAACACAUAAUGAAAUCAAAAUGACUCUUUUUUAUAAGUUUUUGUAGCAUAAGCAAUAACUUGUUUUGUAUUCCUAAUCCUUCACUUUAGCACAAUGCCACUUAAUUUAUCUUCCCUUUGCUGAUAUUACAUCAUGUUUUAAAAGCCUGUGAUUCUCCAGGUAUUGCUGGCCCAAAUCAUACAAGAGCGGUAAGACUGGUGACUGAUUCAGCAUUCACUGUGAGCUAACAAUAUGUGAUAUACUUGGCAGAUUCUGAAUUUGUCUAACCAAACAUCGAGGCACUGGGGGGCUUUUCAUGGAUCCUUGGGAUCUCUAUAAAAGGAGUACUGAACUGUUAGCUUUUGGAGCUGUAAUUCGGAAUAUGGUCUCUACAACCUAAGAAAAUUAAGUUGUCACCUUUUCUAUGUUGGAAUGACUAUUAGGAUAGUUUGGGACACUUGGUGUUAGAAAAUGAGGACCAGCAACGGUUGGAAGGCUGUGUGUGUGCCUUCUCAUAGCUCAGCUCUGCAGCUACACGUUCCCAACUGACCUCAUGACACCGCACGUAUCCCAACAGUGAGUGAGUGCAGUUCUAACUUACAACUAUGUAAUAAUGCAGAAAAUCUCAUACUCAAAGGAAGGAUCACUUAAUGAUACUGUCUCCAUUUAACAAACAGUACGUUAUUCUUCCUUUAGCCUGUGGGAAGGAUUUGCAAGUGUCUGGAUCAUUUUUACAUCACUUUAGCAGUUUGGUAGAAGUGAGACUUGAAUUAUUCCAUUUUAUAAGGGUGAGAAUAUCAUCUACCAAAACAGAAAACGAAAAACUAAAAUAAGAGCUUUUUACAUUUUACCUCCAGCAUCCAGCUGUUUUCAGUCCCUUAUCUUAAAUUCUCUGGACCACAAGUAUUUUAGAUUUCAAGAAUCCCAGACUUUGGAGUAUUUACAGACUUCGUUGGUUGAACAUCCUUGAUUUGGAAAUCUAAAAUCCUCCAAAAUGCAAGUAUUUUGGAGUUCUGUGGCAUUUUCAGGUUAGGGUGGCCAAUCCGUAUUUGACCCAAAGAAAAGUGAGGGUUGGAAUCACCUUGUAAGAAGUGUGGCAGCUUUGUUUUUGGAUUCCUCACUAACCACCAUUAACCUGGUAUAUUGUUUUGGUCUGUUCCCUGUGCUAACAGCAGAAAAAAUUCAGUCAGAAAAUCUGGAUUUAACGCCUAUCCUUUAUUGUUUUUGGUCUUUUUUUUUUUUUUUUGGUUGUUUUUUUUUUUUUUUUUGGUUGUUUUUUUUUUUUUUUUUUUGGUUGUUUGUUUUGAUCUGUUUUCUAAGCCUCAGUCUGUAAAAUGAAGAAUUCUGCCUUCCUUAUCGUGUGGUAUUGAAGGUCAGACAUGUAAUGUUUGAUAAUCCAAAAAGUACGUAAGUGUUUUUGGUUACCUCUGCGUUUGAGGUAGCAAAAGAAAGCCAUCUUCUUUGAUAUGAGUACACCAAGACCGAGAGCCUAUAGAGACCACACAGCUACCCUACGAAGAAAAAUGCAGAAGCAUGCAGUGCCUCUACGUGGAAGUUCCUAAUGUAUUGUAAUCCAGCCUCACAAAAGCCACACGGUUGAGUACAUUAUGAACCCCAUCUGAAAAAUACACAAAUUGAGACACAGGAUUAGCUACCAAAGUUCAUGUAAUUCGUAUAUGGAUUUGAACCCAGGCAUAUGCCCCAGAGUCCUCCUUAGCCCUCCUGACCCUUGAUGCUAUACUGUGUAUUCAUAAAUAUCUCCAGGAGACAAUCUACUGACCUAAUUUCCUCUCACAUAGCAGGCUAAUUUUGAGAAACAUUUUUGUAAAUGGAUUUUCCCUGUGAUAGAUGGCUUCCCUUCAUUUCUCCAAAAUAAGUCGGUUUAUAUCAACAUUCACAAGAUAGAAUAAUUUUGAGUCACUAGGCAACCUAUUGUGGUUUUGCUGCAUAAGGUGAAAAUUAACUGGAAUUAUCCAUUUGCUAUCCAUAAUCCAACUUUACAAGCCAUGAAUUAAUUGCACUCUUUCUGUUUUUGUUGAAUACCUGUGUUUUCUAAAAAACAAUUUGUAAUGGCACUGUCAGAUAAUUUGGAGUCAUUACUCCAGACUGCAUAACCUGCAUAACUUUGUCUUAAAGUCAUGUUUGUGUAAGAAAUAACCGUUAGAAACAUUUGAUAAUUGUCAAAGUAGACUAUAAUGACACUGUUCAGUACAUUUUUUAUAUUUUUUGUUACAUCCCACUUUUUGUAAAUAUUCCUAAAGAAGCUUGAUAAUAAAAUGUAUUUCUGUAUUAUA